AUGUCUAUCUUCGGCGCCAUAACAACCUUCGCCGCUGCAUCUCUUACCAACGCACUCCUCAACAGUCCAACCGAGCAAAACGCGCCGCCACCUGCACACGAGCAACAACCACAGCAACCACACCAGCGGCGACAAACAAACAGCAGUGGCAGCGGUCAUAGCCAUCCCAAAAAGUCGAUAUUGCCACAAAAGGAAGCAGCAAGCUCAAGAAUCAUAGAAUUAUCGCCUUCACCACCUUUGCGACCCAUUCGAUCUAAAAAGAAUACCUCUGCUAAAAUUACCACAAGUAAUACCGCUACUACUACUACUACUACUACCCAAACCCAAUUUUCUGAAUCGAGGACGGUUCGACCGGUAAUAAUGCAGCCGGCUGGAUUACCCCAGAAUUCUAUCUGGACUACUAUGUCAUACCCAAUCCCCCGCGGCCCUUGUCUUCAAAAGUCAAGUCUAAUUUCCGGCUGCUCCUGCCAACGGUUCAUGGUACAUCCUUUAAAAGCCACAACCUCAUUCGACUGCGACGGUUGCAGCCAUCACGCCAGUUUCCACAAAAUGAAGAGUCAUGAGGAGGAAGUUGAAAAUGCCGCGAGGUUUAGAGAAAGUUUGUUGACGGUGGAGAGUUCGGUUGGGAACUGUGAUGGAAGGGGUGCCGGGGGUGGGAGGAGGGCUGUGGGGUUGAUACAGGGGCUAGUAGAGCUCGAAGAGGAAGAGGGAGAUGAUGAUACCGUUGAUGAGGAUGGCGAAUUUCUAGAACCGGAGAAGAAAAGGAGGGUCGUUGCAGCGGGGAAGAAGGUGGUUACAUCGAGAACUACGAGCGCCAGAGGAGGAAAGCGGAAGAGGAUUGGUGAGCAGGUCCUCAUUGCAGAUUAA